AUAGUAGUACUUUCAUAUAUUCGACAAUGGCUCGCCCUACCCCAGUCUCACCCUCAUCAGAAACAUACCAGCAACCGAUGAGGAAUGAGCAAUGGAUGCUCAACAAUAAGAUGGAUGAGCAAAUUCGGUUAACUCAUGUCCCCGAUGGUCGUGUUGUUAAUGUUAAACCAAUUCUUCAAGUCACUCGCAAAGUUUUGCCUCAUACUAUGAAUGGAGGAUCGGAACACAUCGAUGUAUUCGACGAUCAGACCAUCUCGUCUGCCGUUAAUGGCGCGCUCGAUGCAGUGCACAAAAUCUGCAGCGAGCUAUCAAGCAACUAUUCAGGAGGGGGGAAUGAUCAUGCAACAACAAUGGCGAUCUUCAACAUGCUUUCAAGCUAUUCAUGGGGUGCAAAAGUGGUGCUAACAUUAGCAGCUUUUGCAGUGAAAUUCGGGGAGUUUUGGCUGAUCUCUCAGCUUUUCACUUCCAACUCAUUGGCCAAAUCAAUGGCUCUCCUCACGCAACCCGCCAUUUUAGGGAACUCCCAAACAUUGAAACCCUACUUUGAUGCACUCAGCAAGCUCAUCAGUGCAAUGAUCAAUGUAACCGAGUGCAUUGUUGAGCUUACUGAGCUACCUUCUAAGUACAUUACCAUCGAUGAGCCACCAUUGUCGACCACCAUGGCUCCCAUCCGCUCUGCUACCUUCUAUAUCAUUUCGAAUGUCGUCACUUGUGCUAGGCAGAUUACAGGCCUCGUAGGGAUGAGAUAUGAGUUCACUACAUUUACUUCGGAGGCAUGGGAACUAUCAAUCUUGGCAAAUAAAUUUAGCACCACACAUGAAAUAAAUGAACACCUUCAAAUUCGAUUACUUUCUUGUAAAGAGUAUAUGAAUGGGAAGAUGCUGAUGGAAGCUUUUGAAGACUUCAAGCGUACCAUUGAAACACCUCAAGUGGACAACUUGAGGAUUCUCCAAAAUAUCUUCGGGAAGGAAGAGAACCUCUUUAAUCCAGACAAGACCAAGGUUUCUAUCAAUGUCUUGAGAAGAAAGCAUGUUUUAUUGCUUAUUUCGGAUCUUGAUAUCUCCCAAGAGGAGAUUCGGGUUCUUGAAGUUGUUUACAAAGAAAGGGUUUCAUUUGGGCAUAACUAUGAGAUCAUAUGGCUCCCAAUUGUGGACAAAAAAGCUUGGAAUGAUCGUUGUCAGAAUAUUUCGAGCCUGCAAUCAAUUAUGUCAUGGUAUACUGUGAGCCACCAAUUUUCAAUUAAACCAGAAGUGAUUAAAUACAUAAGGGAAGUAUGGGGUUUCGUUAAGAAACCAAUUGCGGUGACACUGAAUCAACGAGGAAAGGUUUUAUGCCCAAAUGCACUCAACAUGAUGUGGAUGUGGGGAAAUUUAGCUUUCCCAUUUAGCAGUGAAAAAGAAGAAAGUACUUGGCAAGAUAAAGCUUGGACAUUUGAGCUUCUCGUUGGUCGCCUUGAACCGAACUUAUCUUCUUGGGUGAGCCAAGAGAAAGUGGUUUGUUUCUAUGGUGGUGUGAAAAUGGAAUGGAUCGAAAGUUUCACUACCGCAACAAAAGGGGUUGCAAAGGCUCUCGAUAUUGGCUUAGAAAUGGUUUAUGUUGGGAAACAAAAUGCAAGGGAACGAGUGAAAAAGAUUACUAGUUUAAUCAUAGAGAAGCAACUUAGCCGUGCAUGGCAAUAUGACAAUGUGUGGUGCUUUUGGAACCUAUUAGAGAACAUGUUGAACUCAAAAGUCCACCAAAGAAAGACCAAUGCAACCGAUGGCAUAAUGCAAGAAGUGGCAACUAUGCUUGGAUAUGACGAUAGUAAAAAUGAAUGGGCUGUGUUCUUCACCGGAUCGGGUGAAAUGGUGUGCGCCAAUGGAGAGAAAGUGCUUAGCUGCAUGAAGAGCUUUGAUCAAUGGGGAAAACUUUCCAAGCAAAGGGGUUUUAUCCCAGCACUUCGUAAGCAGUUGGAACGGAUUACAGAGGACCAUCAUUGCACUCGCCUUCUCCUUCCGGGUAACGGUGGUAGCAUUCCGAAGAGGGUGCAAUGUGCUGAGUGUGGUCGUGCGAUGGAGAUGUAUUUCUUGUAUCGCUGCUGUGUUGAGUGAAGUAAAGAAAGGGGAAAAGGAUGGUUUUGGGGAGGUAGGUUUGGUAUUAUGAUAUGAUUAUCAUAUCUAGAGUCGACGUGUUUGCUAGGUUUUCUAAUAAUGUUUAAGGCUCUUUUAAUAUCCCACACUGGUUAUUGAAGAGCCUUAGCUAAUUUUACCUAAUUGUUUGUGUUGCAUUAAUAGUUUGAGUUGUAAGUCCACUUCCCUAAAUAAAGUGUUCUUUUGAUUU